GUGACCAGAGUAUUAGCUAAUUAGCAGCACUGUAGAAGCUGAACAUCUCUAGUCUUUUUGGACAGAUUUGGAUUGCAGUAUCAGCGAAUUUAUUACCUACAUAUUGCAAAAGAAGAAGAAGAAGAAGAAGAAGAAGAAAAAUGAGCCUGUCUCUCCGUUGAUAAAGGUAUCAUUGAGUGAGGAGCAUCACAGUCCGGCUGGAAGCUUAUGGCAGGUAAUUUUGGUGAACUCCAUCUUGAACCCAUGCUUCGGACAGUGGCUCAUGAAGAAUCCCAGGUCUUUGAUUUUGCAUCAACAUGAGACAGAAUUUUCAUUUUGGGACUGACCUAACUGCUGAUAAGAGUAAAAGGAAGAAAAGGAGAGAACUUACUGAGGAGCAGAAGGAUGAAAUAAAGGAGGCAUUUGAACUCUUUGAUACAGACAAGGACAAAGAAAUAGAUUAUCAUGAGUUAAAGGUGGCGAUGAGAGCGCUUGGAUUUGAGGUGAAGAAAGUAGAUGUGUUGAAGAUCUUAAAAGACUAUGACAGAGAAGGAACCGGGAAAAUAACUUUUGAAGAUUUCAAAGAAGUGGUGACGGACAUGAUAUUAGACCGAGACCCAAAAGAGGAAAUCCUAAAAGCGUUUAAACUGUUUGAUGACGACGAAACGGGAAAGAUCAGCCUGAGGAACCUGCGGCGAGUGGCCAGAGAACUGGGCGAAGACAUGAGCGAUGAAGACCUUCGUGCUAUGAUCGAUGAAUUUGACACCGACGGGGAUGGCGAGAUAAAUCAAGAGGAAUUCGUCUCUAUCAUGACUGGUGACUCGUGAGCUGCUGUGUUUUUUUAGGGAAUCGAUCACUGAAGAUUUGGCAGCACAUUUAGGCUGUGAAGAGCCGAUCGUUCAGUUUGAAGAUUGAUCUUAUUCAUGAACUGUAAACUCCAUUUCAAUGUAUUGAAUGGUAGGUCUGGUUGGUGCUAAAAUUCUGGACAGAAGCUUGAACGGAACUGAAUGUGAUCAAACAAAAUUUCGGGUCAUGAAUCGGUUGGUCUGAUUUUUAUUAUCGGAAACCCGUUAUGUCUUUAAUUAAUGAUUUGUGGUGUUGUUUAUCUUGCAUUUGAAAUAACAUUCCAAAGUACUAUUUAUUGUAAAUAAUUAGUAAAAAAAAAGUAUUUGUCUCUCUGGCUAAAGGGUAUUUUAUUUACUAUUCUUAAAUAAGUGUUGCAAGUGUGGUGGUUUAGUGGUAUAUGCUCCAUUAUUAGAUAUUUCUACAGGUUCUAAGAUUGAAAUGGUGUUGUUUUUAUUAAUGUUGUCCAAUAGAGGGAGACAUUAUUCAUAGGACAUCAGGGCUGCUGUUGUAUCAUCUGGGUUUUCAAAACAGCACUAGUUGGAUAUGUUAUUCAAGCCAAAAGGAAAAUAGGUUCCCAUUCAAAAGAUGCAAAACUUUUACCUCUCUAAAAUUAAAAAGUAAAAAUGGUAGUGUAAUACUUAAAAGCCAUACAAGCAAACAAAAUGAAAUAUGAAAUACAAAGCAAAAUUAAUCCACAAUUCUUUAAACAUUUACUCCCAUCAUGUUGUUCCCAGCCUGUAUGACUUUGUUUCUUUGCUGAAACAAAAAUGGAGAUGUUAGCCAGAAUGUCAGUCUCAGUCACUAUUCACUUUCAUUGUAUGUGGGUGUGAUGAGGAGGAGGGUGUGGCCGGGCCGUGAGGGUGCACGGCUGGUGCUGAAUCAGCUGAUCAAUGGGAGAGCGAGAUAAAAGGGGGCCGGAGGCGCCAGUUCGGGAGAGAGAGAGACACACGCGGCCAUGCUGCGUGUGUGUUUAUGUUUGUUUUAUGUUGACUGUUCAGCCGGUUCCCGCCUCCUCCUUGCCCAUCCUGUACGUGUUACAGUGGUGCCGAAACCCAGGAGGGAGGAGGGAUGCGCUGUCGCGGAGUCCUCGCCACUGCCGUCAGCCAAAGGAGCAGCCACGGCCAUCUGCCUGGGGAUGGAGCGGUUGCUGCCGGCCGCCGAGAGCCGGAGGAACUGAUGCCGCCUGCUGGGGAAGGAGCGAGCUGUCGUCCGCCAGAGGGUGGAGGAGCGGUUGAGGACCAGGCGACAGCAUGUCCGGGGACCGGCGAGCAAGUUUUUCCUCUCUCUCUCUCUCUCUCUCUCUGUCUGUGUGUCUCCUGCUCACCCUUUCCCUCUCCGCACGCCUCCCCUCAUCUCUCUCCAGGUUCCCAGGAGGUGGGGUGGACCACCGGCUGACAGAACGGCCGGAAGAGCAGCGUCUCCCCUCUAGAGAUGGGGGGGGAGUAAGUCAGCCUGGUGGCGCCCCAGCCUGAAUCGGGCGUGGGAGGAGUGUGACAAGGAGGGGGGCGUGGCCGGGCGCUGAAUCAGAUAAUCAGUGGGAGAGCGAGAUGAAGGGGGGCCAGAGGCGCCAGUUCGGGAGAGAGAGAGAGACGCACGUGGCCACGCUGCAUGUGUGUGUUUAUGUUUGUUUUAUGUUGAGUUUGAUAUUAAAAGUUAUGUUGACUGUUCAGCCGGUUCCCGCUGCCUCCUUGCCCAUCCUUUACCUGUUACAGUGGGAUAAAAGCAAUGAAAGUGAAUAGUGACUAAGGCUGAAAUUCUAUCUCCUUUUGUGUUCCAUUGAAGAAAGAAAGUCAUACGGGUUUGGAACAACAUGAAAGUGAGAAAAUGAUGAGAGAAUUUUCAUUUUUGGUUUGACCUAUCCCUUUAACAGACAUUACUUCAAAGUGCUUCGUUAUUUUAAUUGAUAAACAAUUGAGCCACUAUAGAAAUUAAAGUUCACACAAAAGUUAAAUUCUAUCAUCAUUUAUUCAGCCUUAUGUCGUUCCAAACUUAUACGACUUUCUUUUGUGGAAACUAGGUGCAUAGUCGUUGGUUGUGCGGCAUGCAACAACCAAUGGCGUUUGGUGUCAUUGAUGUCAAACAUGCCCUGAUUCACCUUCACACACGAAGUCUGAAUAAGCACAAGCAUGAAUAAGAGUUGAGAUAUUUGGUGAAAGACAAGAUUUUCAAUGAAUAAUGACUUAAAUGUUCAGUCUGUUUCUCACAAAGUUUUGGAAUGGCUUGAAAAGGGUUUGAAUAUUGCAUACAAGUUCUAUUCUACCUUUAUGGAGCUUUUGUCAUUUUUGGAACUUGACAGUCACAAAAUUGUUUAGUUGAAUGCAGGGACAGAUUAAUGCACAGGCCUACCAGGCAUUUGCCCAGGGCCUCCAACCAGCAGGGGCUCAUGGUGAUCUGCAGAAACUUUACAGUAAACAGAAUUAUGUUUAUUAAUUUUUUUUACAAAUAUUUAUUAAAGUAACAGAAAAAUUUCAAUCAAUUUGUCAUAUGAUUCCUUUGCAGUUGUUAUUAAUAAAAAAUUGCCAAAUAAUAAUAAAUAUGCAUUAUGUUGCUUAGUGGUGUGGGGAAAUAAUUGAGCAUUCAGCGACCCCAAAAAAAAGUAAACAAAAUAAAUGGAAAAAGCACAACCAAGUGGAUCUAUUUAAAGAUAAAUUAAAAACCAAAAAAAUAAAGCAACUUGCUUUUUGUAGUGACCUGGUGAGAGAACCGAACUUUAAUGACGUUAUGGAAGACUUUAAAAAAAAUUAUUUUUAAGGAAAGCUAUAAAGAGACCCGUCAGGUUAGGUAAGAAGACUGUUAUUUUUACUGAGUUUGUUGAUAUGUUGAUUAGUGUUUACUGUACUGUAUUGUCUUAUGAUUGCACGAUCUGGAGAGGCUUUAAAUCUAUAGUGGAUACUGAUAACAAAUGCGAUGUGUACAUAAGCCGGUUUGUUAUCUUAUCGUUAAAAUGUGGUGUGAUGUGUACAUUUUCCCCCAUUGUGUAUUCAUGUCACUAAAUUUAAAUGUUGUUUAAAGGCAGAUACACAUGUAAACAAUGCUGUGGAAAAUGGGAUGCUCCCAGUGGAUCUUUGACAUCCAUUCAUCUACAAAACACUUGAAGAAAAUGCAGCAACGUGAGAGAUCUUUGUCACGUCAUGACAUGCCAUUCAUUCCCAGAGUGAGCCCGUUAAGGCAUCCGUGCCCAAGGCAUCCCAAUGUCAUAAUCCGUCCCUGGUUGUAUGGAAAAAGCAGUGUCAUUAUUCCUUUAAAUAAUAUUUUAUGUUUGAUGGGAAAAAGUCAUAUGAUUUGAGAAAAUAAAAUGAUGAUGUGUAAAUGUGA